ACCGUCUCCAGUCUUGUCUUGAAGAGCAAACGCUUUGGGAUCUAACACGCUUUGCACUUUUGUUUUUAUUCGACUUUGACCUUUUUACAAACAUGCAAAUUCCACCCAGGCCCAUGGGAACCUACGGCUACCCCUUGCGUACAUUCGCGCCGCUGUAUCCGGAGUACUCUGCCAGCCAGUGUGCCGCACCUACGAAGCCCACCAGCGGGAAAUCAUUCACCAUCGACGCGUUACUGGGACGGUCCGACCCGCCAGGAAAUGACCGAUUGAGCCACCCUCACGGCGGACGAAAAUAUCAGCCUGCGGCCUCGCCUCAUCCAUCCGCAGGACAGAUGUGCGCACCGCUGCCUCACUACCUCUACACGCCGAACAUGGUGCACACUCAGCCCGGAUACCCCGUGUACUACUGCCCGCCGUUUCCUUACCAGACAACGUGCCGUGGCACAUUUUACGCUGAAGAUACUGCAGCGUCCAAGGCCAAUGUUCAAUCGUACAAGCACAAGGGAGGCAAGUCGAAACGCAUGCGCACCAGCUUCACCAACGAGCAGCUGUCUCGCUUGGAGAAAGAGUUCGCCCGCCAGCAGUACAUGGUCGGCUCGGAAAGAUUCGUCCUUGCGUCUGCCCUGCAUCUAACUGAGGCUCAGGUGAAAGUUUGGUUCCAGAACAGGCGCAUCAAGUGGAGGAAACAGUCUCUGGAGCAACAGCAAGCGAAGCUGGCAAAACUCGGCCUCGCUGCCCCACAGAAAAGCCCCGGGUCACAGGGACGCGGCGAUGAGGGGGACGAGGAAGAGGAGGAAAUCGACUUCUCGGCAGACUCUGACGUGGAUAUCUAGAAGUCUCGCCUGCGCAACUGCAGAACGCUCACUGUCCCAUA